AUAUAUAUAUAUAUAUAUAUAUAUAUUCACACACAAACUAAUUCACUCAGCGCUAACAAAUUUCAGCAUCAAUCUCGAUUUCCUCUCUUGCUUGCGCCAUCGGCCGUUGAUUUCUCGCCUCUCUCCGAAGGAUCAGCCGGCGAUCGAAUGGCGUUGCCGAAUCAGCAGACUGUGGAUUACCCUAGCUUCAAGCUUGUCAUUGUUGGAGAUGGCGGAACCGGAAAAACUACAUUUGUGAAGAGGCAUCUCACUGGUGAAUUCGAGAAGAAAUAUGAACCAACUAUUGGUGUUGAGGUUCAUCCAUUGGAUUUCUUCACCAACUGUGGGAAAAUCCGUUUUUAUUGCUGGGACACUGCCGGACAAGAGAAAUUUGGUGGGCUUAGGGAUGGAUAUUACAUCCAUGGACAAUGCGCCAUCAUUAUGUUUGACGUGACGGCUCGGUUGACCUACAAGAAUGUUCCAACGUGGCACCGUGAUCUCUGCCGUGUCUGUGAAAAUAUCCCGAUCGUGCUGUGUGGGAACAAAGUUGAUGUCAAGAACAGGCAGGUCAAAGCAAAGCAAGUUACAUUCCACAGGAAGAAGAAUUUGCAGUACUAUGAAAUCUCAGCAAAGAGUAACUACAACUUCGAGAAGCCUUUCUUGUACCUUGCCCGGAAGCUCGCUGGUGAUCUUACCCUGCACUUUGUCGAGUCCCCGGCCCUAGCUCCUCCUGAAGUUCAAAUUGAUUUGAUUGCGCAGAAACAGCAUGAAGAUGAGCUUAAUCAGGCGGCCACCCUUCCUCUUCCCGAUGAUGAUGAUGAUGCAUUCGACUAAGGAGUGCUCGCGUCCCAGUUUUCAAUGCGCGCACUGGUUGCGGUUUUUUGUUGCCGGGUUCUAAUGCUAGCCGAUUUGUUGAUUUCAUAUGGUAGCAGGGAGAAUGGUCUUUAAUCUUCUGAAAUAUGUGAGAUGGUAUUAUUUGUAUCAAACUUGCUUUAUAUGAAGAAUUGAUAUAAAUAUUUGCCAGAGUAUUGUUUCCUCUGUUUUUGUUUA